AUGAAGCAGCAGCCAAGAAUGUCCACUCUUAAAAAGGGCGAAAACCAGAAACUGACAACCAAGGACCAAAAGGCGAUCGUGGAAUGUGCGCACCAGCUGCGUAAAAUUGGAGACGUCUUCAAUUUCAAGUACAAACUACUGGACAUGCUGGCCAAAAAGGAAAACAAGGGUUGUACGAUAAAGUGAAAAGGAAAACGCCUUGUUUCACGCGAGAAAAUCUGCGAUCGCGGGCCGUAUACCUCCAAGGAAGCGCGGGGAAUGGACACGGGAAUGGACGAUACUCUGCGAAGACCCGCCGGGCGAAGGACCGAUUCGUGUCACUAUGGAAAUGGAAGACGAACGAUUUCCCUGAGUUGGGUUACUUCAGAUGACGCCCGGAAAGGAAGUUAAAUUGGCCGCAAUCUUCGUGUUCUGAACUGUAGAGGAACCACCUUCUUCUCAUGUACUGCGUGAUGAAUUACAUGUUUGUUUCUGGCUAACGUGAGGAGGAAACAGGUCAGGGAAUUCCACAGGAGAAAGAAAUAGUCGAUGUAUAGAUUAGCCUACUUGUGGUGGUGUAAUCAUAGCAACUGUGUGAGAAAUGUGUGUGUUUUGUUACAAAAUUAUAAUGCUUCUCCAGACAAAUGUCUGCAUUAAGGUAGUUGCUAUGUUCAUACUUUUUCAUAUCAAAAUGGCAUUUUUGUGCUUGUACUUGGUGAAAUAUAUUAUACCUAGCUAUCAUGAAAUAAAAUGAUUCUCAAAAAUUUGCUUUAUGACCAUUUUCAUUAUGCAUUUGGGAAU